AUGGCCCCAAGUCGAAUUUUAACCAGGCAAACAGCCGGCGUUACGGCUUUCGCCAGACAGUCUUUCAAGCACUCACCGGCCGCAUAUCGGAACUUCGCCUCUGUUUCGUCAACCCCUGUCUGCCCUGCUCGAAAUCACAAGGUCGUCGUUGUCGGCGGGGGAUCAGCAGGCCUCGCAGUCAGCCACCAGCUUCUGCGGUCUGGUAGAUUCAACCAAGAUGACAUCGCCAUCGUCGAUCCAGCAGAAUGGCACCACUACCAGCCGGGCUGGACCCUCGUCGGUGGCGGGCUCAAAGACAAACACGCCCUUAAGCGCCCACUGCAGUCCCUAGUCGACCCAAAAUUCAAACUCUACUCCGACUCGGUCGCCACUUUUUCUCCAGAAGACAACACCGUCACCCUCGGCAACGGCUCCAAGCUCACCUACGACCAGCUGGUCGUCGCGCCAGGCAUCAAGGUGGACGUGGCCAGCAUCAAGGGCUUGCCCGAGGCGGUUUCCAGCCCGGACUCCAACGUCUCGUGCAUCUACACCUUCGACACCGUCGACAAGACCUUCCCGACCAUCCAGCGGCUGCGCUCGGGUCAGGCGAUAUUCACGCAGCCGGCGGGCGUCGUCAAGUGCGCCGGCGCGCCGCAAAAGAUCAUGUGGCUCGCGCUCGACCACUGGAAGCGCGCGGGCCUGUACCAGGCCACCCAGCCUGAAAGCUCGCCGAUUCAAAUCGCUUUCGCGACGGGCCUACCGGCCAUGUUUGGCGUGCCCAAGUACAGCGCCGCGCUCGAGGCGCUGCGGCAGGAGCGCGGGGUGGAAGGCCUCUUCGCGCAUGAUCUGGUCGAGAUCGACGGCGACACGGCCGUGUUUGCGCGGCCGGACGGCCAGGAGCCCGUGCGCAGGCGGUUUGACUUGAUGCAUGUGGUGCCCAAGAUGGGAGCGCACGCUUUUGUCAAGAACAGCCCGCUGGCCAACGAGGCUGGGUAUGUGGACGUGGAUGACGCCACGCUCAGGCACAAGAAGUUUGCCAAUGUGUGGUCGGCGGGCGAUGCCAGCAGCCUGCCCACGUCCAAGACGGCGGCGGCCAUCACUGCGCAGGCGCCGGUGCUGGUGGGAAAUUUGCUCAAGGCUAUGGAGGGCGGCGGCGAGGUGCAACCGGGAUAUGACGGGUACACGUCCUGCCCACUGCUCACUGAGUAUGGCAAAGUGAUGCUGGCCGAGUUCAAGUAUGGCGGCGUCCCGAAGGAGACGUUCAAUAGGAUUGGGUGGGACCAGGCGACGCCUAGGCGCGCUUUCUAUCAUUUGAAGAAGGACUUCUUUCCGUGGGUGUAUUACCAGUCGAUGGUGAAGGGCACUUGGGGCGGGCCCAAGGGGUGGCUCAACUAA